GGCAACACAAGAACGGACGCAACUAACUGGCGGACGCUACGGCUCGGUCUUUCCGGGUCUUUCCACGCCUAGCAGCUCCUCCUGCUGACCCUGGGCCCGAGGGAAAGCCGGAAAGGACCCUUUUGAUCAAGAGCUGGAAUGCAUAAAAGCAGCUGGCAGAAUAGAAGACAUGGGAGAAGGAGCCACUCGCAGAACCCCUGGUUCAGACAGCAUGGUUCUAAUGAGAGGCAUAAUGCGGAGGCACAGCAAAGCCCACGGCAUUCCAGCCACUGUGAUGACGAGGCCCCCUCCACCUCAUCCGGCACAGCUGGCAGUUCUUCUGUGCCAGAUCUACCAGGUUAUUACUAUGAUCCUGAAAAGAAGCGCUAUUUCCGCUUGCUCCCUGGACAUAACAACUGCAACCCCCUCACGAAGGAGAGCAUCCGGCAGAAGGAAAUGGAGAGCAAGAGGCUGCAGCUGCUAGAGCAAGAGGACAAGCAGGGAAAGAAAAUAGCCAGGUUGGGAUUUAAUGCAUCUUCCUUACUACAAAAAAGCAAGCUGGGUUUUCUCAACGUCACCAGCUAUUGCCGUUUAGCCCAUGAGCUGCGAGUGAGCUGUAUGCAGAGGAAAAAGGUCCAAAUUCAGAGCUCGGAUCCCUCCGCUUUGGCAAGUGACCGAUUUAACCUGAUACUGGCGGAUACCAAUAGUGACCGGCUCUUCACGGUAAAUGAUGUCAAAGUCGGGGGCUCCAAGUACGGCAUCAUCAACCUGCGCGGCCUCAAGACCCCUGCACUCCGGGUGCAUAUGCAUGAAAACCUCUACUUCACCAACCGGAAGGUGAAUGCUGUGUGCUGGGCCUCACUGAAUCAUUUGGAUUCCCACAUUCUGCUGUGCCUCAUGGGAAUUGCAGAGACUCCAGGCUGUGCCACCCUGCUUCCAGCGUCACUGUUUGUCAGCAGUCAUCCAGCAGGAGGAGACCGGCCUGGCAUGCUCUGCAGUUUCCGGAUCCCUGGGGCCUGGUCCUGUGCAUGGUCCCUGAACAUCCAGGCAAAUAACUGCUUUAGUACAGGUUUGUCUCGGCGAGUCCUGGUGACCAGUGUGGUGACGGGGCACCGGCAGUCCUUCGGGACCAGCAGCGAUGUCUUGGCCCAGCAGUUUGCGCUCAUGGCUCCCUUGCUGUUUAAUGGCUGUCGUUCCGGGGAGAUCUUUGCUAUUGAUCUGCGUUGUCGAAAUCAGGGCAAGGGCUGGCAGGCCACCCGUCUGUUCCACGACUCAGCAGUUACCUCUGUACAAAUCCUCCAAGAAGAGCAAUGUGUCAUGGCAUCCGACAUGGCUGGAACGAUCAAGCUGUGGGACCUGAGGACCACUAAGUGCAUAAGGCAGUAUGAAGGGCACGUGAAUGAGUAUGCCCACCUGCCCCUGCACGUGCAUGAAGAAGAAGGAAUCGUGGUGGCAGUGGGCCAGGACUGCUACACGAGAAUCUGGAGCCUCCACGAUGCCCAGCUGCUCAGAACCAUACCCUCCCCUCACCCCACCUCCAAGGCCGACAUUCCCAGCGUGGCCUUCUCUUCUCGGCUUGGGGGCUUCCAGGGAGCGCCGGGGUUGCUCAUGGCCGUCCGGCAGGACCUUUACUGCUUCUCCUAUAGCUAAUUCUGAGGGUGCAGCCUGGAGGGAGGUGGAUGUGACUCAAGGGAGUGAAGAGUAGCCAUGUUUUUGCCACAACUGCUGUUUGCAAUGAGGUUAUUUUGUUUUAAAUGGAUGCUCCAUGUAUGCAUAUCCCAUCCAUCCGUCCAGCUGUGGGGGAACGGGUGCUAUGUUUUAUGUGGAGACACUUCAGUAAAGUUAUUUCAGUUAAGUUGUGGGCUCAGAAGGCUUUAAAGUCCUUUUCAUAAAAGGUACCUAUUUCCUUUUCUUGUUGAAUUCCUUAGAAUACCCCCUCCCGCUUUUUUUUUUUUUUUUUUUUAACAAAAAGUACUUUUCUAAGGGCUUAAGAUUGACAAUAAUUAAAGCUUCUUCUUUCACCAAAAGCCCUUUCAAGAAACCUAAUGAUGAGGCCAGGCAAGACUGUCGGAGCCGGUGCCUGGGUCCCAGAAAUAUGCAUGUGUACUUACAGUCAGCUGGAGAGCAGGGGAAGUCAUUUCUCUGAGAAUCUAGAGAAAGAUUUAAGGCUAGAGUUGGAAAUCAUGAAAGCAGCCUUUUCAAACUCACUCUAUAUUAGUAUCAGAUGUCUGGGAUUCUCCUUUAUUACCAUUCAUAGGCAUUGGAAAGAAAGAUGGUUCUUUUUAGAUGUUAGAGGUUUUAAACAGGCCUUACCAUGCCUUCGUUGAGGCACCUUCCAGAAUGUUAGGUACAGCAGCUCCUGUUUCUAUCAUGGUGACUUCAGUGUCAGGUUCAGGGGGCCCCAUCUCAAAAAAAAAAAAAAAAAAAAAAAACUGGCUUUUGACUUUUUGUCAUCUAGGAGAAGCAGUUUGUGAGAUGUUUAUACAAAGUGUUAAAGAGCCAGUGUUUCUACCAAACAAUAAACUAGAAAGAACCAGGGCAUGGUGUGUUGCUUUUGUUAAUAACUUAGAAGAUCAUGAUGCUUGGCUGCUGUAGCAGCAGGCCAGCUACAGUAACAUCUCAAAUCUUAGGGCAAAAGGGCAGAGACUGAGACCAGCUUCAGUGGCUCUGCUGGAGAGCUUCCACUUGCCCCUGCAGAUCCACUCCAUGCCCAAGAGGCUGGCCUCUGUGGACAUCAGGUUCAGCCAGUGGGAUGAAGCAGCAGGAAAGCAGAGGGCAGGAGAGUGAGGUGGGAUUGUUAGUUCCCAGGCUCCCCUCCUGCUGGGCUGAGGCUCUCUUCCUCCGUGGGAACACAGCUCUCUGUUUCCAACAACUCUCCAUUUGUCCCUUCAGACCUAUAGCGAGAUAACUACCUCAGUGUUGCUAGCCCGGGAUGCUUCACCAAUUAAACUCUCUUCAGUUACCCCCUUGAGUGUUACAUAUCUGUCCUGUCAGAACCCUCCUACAACUUAAUGUACAGAGAACGAAAUCCAAAAAAACAGGAGAGUAUGAGAUUGAUCGUCUGAUGGAUGAGCUGAAUGUUAAUAACGUAUUUUUAGCGCCUUAUGUUUUAUAAAUAACUUGCCCCCAUCUUACCUGAUUUGACCCUUAUAACAACCUGUGAAGGAGGUACGACAGUAGUAGUAAUACUAAAAUUAUUAGCAUCA